AUGGCCUCCCCAAAGAAGAAGCUCCAAGGUCUUGUUGCUGCGACCAUCACGCCGAUGACCGAGCAUGGAGAAAUCAACUUUUCAGUCAUUGGUCGGUAUGUGGACUACCUUGUAGAGGAACAGGGAGUGAAGAAUGUCUUUGUGAACGGCACGACAGGAGAAGGCCUAUCACUGAGCAUCUCGGAGCGCUGCCGGGUCGCGGAGGAGUGGGUGACGAAGGGGAGGAACAAGUUGGAUCAGAUAGUAAUUCAUGUGGGAGCCUUGAGCUUGAAGGAGUCACAAGAACUGGCCCAACAUGCAGCAGAAAUAGGAGCCGAUGGCAUCGCUGUCAUUGCACCUUUCUUUCUCAAGCCGUGGAACAAAGAUGCCCUGAUUAAUUUCCUAAAAGAGGUCGCUGCUGCCGCCCCUGCAUUGCCAUUUUACUACUAUCACAUUCCUGCCUUGACCGGGGUAAAGAUUCGUGCUGAGGAGUUGUUGGAUGGGAUUCAGGAUAAGAUCCCCAGCUUCCAAGGGCUGAAAUUCAGUGACACAGAUCUCUUAGACUUUGGGCAGUGUGUGGAUCAGAAUCGCCAGCGACAGUUUGCUUUCCUUUUUGGGGUGGAUGAGCAACUGUUAAGUGCUCUGGUGAUGGGAGCAACUGGAGCGGUGGGCAGUACCUAUAACUACCUGGGAAAAAAGACAAAGCAGAUGUUGGAGGCUUUUGAACGAAAGGACUUCUCUUCAGCUCUGAGCCAUCAGUUUUGUAUUCAGAGAUUUAUCAACUUCGUGGUCAAACUAGGUUUUGGAGUGUCGCAGACCAAAGCCAUCAUGACCCUUGUCUCUGGGAUUCCAAUGGGCCCACCCCGCCUUCCACUACAGAAAGCCUCCAGGGAGUUUACUGAUAAUGCAGAAGCUAAACUGAAAAGCCUAGAUUUCCUUUCUUGUACUGAUUUAAAGGGUGGAGAUAUGGAAGCUUGUAGCUAG